CACCAAGAAAAGGAACUUCUGCUCCUCCGCGGAGGAGGAAACCAGAGGGAGAGAGAGAGAAAGGGAGGAGGGAGGCAAGGAGGAGGUGCCCGCCUUCAAUGCUGGAGGCACACUUGCCGGUGGCGCCGCUCGAAGGCAAGCCCAAGGCCAUGGCCGGAGGGGCAGCGUGGGCGGCGGCGUGGCUGCUCUCCUCUCUGUCCUGGACUUUGGCCGGGAGCCCUCCUCCUCCUCCUCCUCCUCCGCCCGUCCUCUCCUUCGAUUCCAGCAUCGACAACCUGGCCGUGGCCGAGGGGAAGCUGCUGGUGGCCAGCGGGCGGUGCUGGUACGAGGUGGAGCCCUCGCUGUCCUCCAAGUCGGUGGGCCGGUGCCAGGAGGCCAAGGACGCCACCAACAUCUUGCUCCUGCCCUUCGGCAACGAGAGCCGCCUGCUGCUGACCUGCUGGACGCGGCCGGGCUGCCUCUGCCUCCGGGAGGACCGCGCCAGGGGCCCCAACGCCACCCGGACCUUCGGGAAUCAGCUGGUGAGCUCCUUGCCGGGCGUCUCUUCCGCGGGGUUGAUGCACUUGGACCGCACGGGCGCCGGGCAGUGGGUCCUCUGGGUGGGCACCAGCCACACGCGCCCCAACGCCUCGGUCUCUGCCUGCGGGGCCGAGAGCAGCAUCCUGUCCCGGAACGACGCCACCACGGCCGUCUUCGUCACGAGCGAGGGGAAGGGCGUGAGCGAGAACCAGUACCUGAAGCUCGCCGGCGAGCACUACCUCAACUUCUCGGCCGUCCUGCACUGGAAGGAGUACUUCUUCUUCCCCUACUUCCACCGCAACCUCAGCGUGGAGCCCAAGAUGCUGGUGGUCAAGCGGGACCCGGACGAUCCCCUCGACCUGAAAGGGCAAGUCAUCCUGCGGUGCGGGUCACGGGCGCGCAUCCUCUCCUCCUCCUUCCUGGAGCCCAAAGGCCUCUGGGUCGGGCUCUUCGAGGCGGCCGAAGAAGGGGCGCCCGGGGCCACGGCCGUCUGCCUCUUCCCGCUGGAGCGCAUCCUGACCCAGGUGCAGAAGUGCAGCCAAGGCACGGCGGCCGAGAUCCAUUUUCCCGACUCCGACUCCGACUCGGGCACCUGCAAGACCCCUGCUUGGCCAUUAAAUAACUUAACUUCCCUGGAGCACUCCAGCUUGGUGUCAGUUUAUGCUACUAUAGUUUUGAACAAAACAGUUUUGUUUUUGGGGACAGCAAACGGACAAUUACUGAAGGUUAUUCUUGAUGACAACAUGAACCCAAAUUGCCCAGAGAUUUUAUACGAAAUUAAAGAAGAAUCAGCAGUUUUUCAUAAACUUGAACUUGAUCCUGUGAAUGAGGAUUACAUCUAUCUGCCAUCUAAUAAUGAGAUAAGAAGAAUUAAAGUUGCAAAUUGCAGCAAAUAUAUUUCGUGUCAAGAAUGUUUAUCUGCAUUGGACCCACACUGUGGAUGGUGCUAUUUAAACAGCAGCUGUACUUUAAAAGGAGAAUGUCAAUUUUCAAAUAAGUCCUUGAACUGGGCAAGCAUUUCAUAUGGAACAGAUAAAUGCCUGAAAAUCAACACAUCUAAUCUUGACCGAGGUGAGAUUUCUGUGAGAGCCAGUGGAAGUUCUUUCAGUCUUUCUGAAGGUCGUUCCAAUUGCAGAAUGAAAAACGCAAGGACAGGCACAAUUCUUUGUGAGAAGAAGAAUCCAGGCAUCAACUGUUCCUGUCAGCUAAAGAGUGCAGACCUAAGAGACAAAGUUCAAGUAUCACUCAUCUCUGGUUCUUGGCAUUUAACAGAAAUACUUGAAUUUUAUAAGUGCUCAUCACAGAAAACAUGCUCCGAAUGUCAGCGAUUUAACUGUACCUGGGAUGCUAGAGAAAACAAAUGUAUUGACACCCCUGAGAUUUGCAAAAGAAAGGUUGACUGUAGUAAGAGUAUCAAUACAUCAACCAAUACAUCAUCAAAGAACAUGAACAUUGCUUCCAUUGCACCAGCAUGGAUAUCAACACUAGGCAAAAGUGAAGUGCUCGUUAUAGGAGAAAAUUUCAUAGGAUCAAACAUUUUGAUGCAGAUAACUGGAGCCAGUAGCUGCAGACCAGUAGAGAUACCUGUCACUGAGGUGCUAAAUCGCACGCACAUGAAAUUCUGUUUACCGCCAAGUCGCAAAGAAGUCAAGAGCGUAUGCAUAAAGAAAACUGGAGCAAAGUGCUCACGCUCCGUGCCAUUGCAUUAUCUGUCUCUCCCAGAAUGUUCCCGAAUCAUUCCAAAUAUUACAUGGAAGAGUGGAGGACGCAACAUGACUAUACAUGGCAAACACUUGAAUAUUACAGAUUCAAGCCUCAUUUUUGAUGAGCAAAGAGAAAAACUGGCUAACUUCAUAUGUGAUCAAAAUAGUAGCACAUGUAAUUUUCCCACGCCAGCUGUGAAGUCUGAAAAAAGAACUAAGAUGGCUACUGUUUUCCUUCAAGUCGAAAAGAAGCAAAUAACUUGCAUUACAUUUCAGUACGAACCUGAUCCUGAAUUUGCUUACUAUGAAAUUACAGUUGAUUUGGAAACUGACUUGGAGUUAAAUAUAUAUAAAAGAAAUGACAAAUUAAAUAUUUCAAUUAAUGAAAUCAAAGUAUUUCUCUCUUGCAUGGUUAACAACGAGUUAAUGAAUAAAACUGUCAACAUCCAAAAAAUUUCAAACUCCACGGAUUAUAGUAUUAUACAUGGCAAAGUCAAACAGGAAAGGAAUUCUGGUAACAAGAUGGAUAAAUCCAAUGUAAAAGUGUAUGUCAAGAUGGGAUUCUUUGUGCAAGAAGUUCCAAAGAAAUCAUUUAGCACUUGGUAUUACUAUAUUCUUUUACUAAUUCCUAUAGUAUUUAUAGGUGCAUGUUUUGUGACUCAACGAAAAUCCAAACAGUUAAACAGAAAACUAAGUGAACAUCUGGAACUUCUGGAAUAUGAACUUCGUAAAGAUAUACGCGAAAGAUUUGCUGAACUACAAGUGGAACAGCUGGAUGUGGUUGAUAAUUUUGGAACAGUUCCCUUUCUUGACUACAAACAUUUUGUUCUAAGGACUUUCUUCCCAGAGGCUGGAGCCGAUGUGUUUAUUUUUAUUGAAGACUCCAGUGAACCAUCUAGAAGAAGUCCAGGUCAAAAGGAUGAAAUCACUAUAAAAUUGUCAAAGUUGAUUUGUAACAAAAAAUUUCUGGUUACUUUGAUUCACACUCUGGAAAAACAGAAAACCUUCUCUGUUAAAGACAGAUGCCUAUUUGCCUCUUUCUUGACAAUUGCAUUACAAACAAACCUUGUGUACUUAACUGAUAUCCUGGAACUUUUGACAAGAGAUUUGAUGGACCAGUCUAGCAAUAUACAACCCAAGCUGUUGCUAAGGCGUACAGAAUCUGUGGUGGAAAAGCUGCUGACAAAUUGGAUGUCUGUUUGCCUUUCUAGUUUUCUUCGGGAAACAGUUGGGGAAACAUUCUAUUUGCUUGUGACUACUCUAAACCAAGGGAUAAUCAAGGGUCCCGUGGAUGUGAUAACUUGUAAGGCCCUGAACACACUAAAUGAAGAUUGGUUACUCUGGCAAGUCACUGAUUUUAAAACAGUGAUUCUAAAUGUUGUUUUUGAAAAUGUCCAAGAAAACGAAAGUGAAGGCUUUACCAAGAACAUUGAAGUCGAUGUCUUGGAUUGUGACACAAUAGGACAAGCUAAAGAGAAGAUUCUCCAAGCAUUUCUAAGCAAGAAUGGCUCUCUUUAUGGUCUCCAGCUCAGUGAAAUGGGCCUUGCUCUUCAGUCAGGUUCAUAUACAAAAGAGCUUCUAGAUGUAGACAGUUCCUCUGUGACUCUGGAAGAUGGGAUUACCAAACUGAACACCAUAGGCCAUUAUGAGAUUUCCAAUGGAGCAACUAUUAACGUCUUUAAGAAGGAAAAAACAGUUCUCUCAGGUUGCUCAGAUGGGGAAUACUCGGAUGCCUAUUGCCACCUAAUACUGCCAGACUCAGAAGCAGUCAAAGACGUACAAGGCACAAAACAUAAAGGCAAACAAAAAUUUAAAGUGAAGGAAAUGUAUCUCACCAAACUCUUAUCUACAAAGAUUGCAGUUCACUCAGUUGUUGAGAAACUCUUCAAAAGCAUUUGGACUUUGCCUAACAAUAGAGCUCCAGUUGCUAUUAAAUAUUUUUUUGACUUUUUGGAUGCUCAGGCUGAAAACAAAAAGAUUACAGAUCCUGAUGUAGUCCAUAUAUGGAAAACUAACAGUCUUCCUCUGCGGUUCUGGGUGAAUAUAUUGAAGAAUCCUCAAUUUGUUUUCGAUAUUAAAAAGACUCCUCAUAUGGAUGGCUGUCUGUCAGUAAUUGCACAAGCUUUUAUGGACUCCUUUUCUCUGUCAGAACAACAGCUAGGAAAGGAAGCACCAACAAAUAAACUCCUCUAUGCUAAGGAUAUCCCACGUUACAAAGAAGAGGUUAAAGCUUUCUACAAAGCAAUAAAGGAUUUGCCUCCCUUAUCCACUUCAGAGAUAGAAGACUUUUUAACUCAGGAAUCAAAGAAACAUGAAAAUGAAUUUAGUGAGGCUGCAGCCUUGAUGAAAAUUUACCAAUACAUUGCAAAAUACCUUGAUGAAAUACUGAAUAAAUUGGAGAAAGAACGAGGGCUGGAAGAAGCUCAGCAACAGCUUCUGCAUAUAAAAAGUUUAGUUGAAGAAAAGAAAAAAUGCAAAUGGUCAUAAGUAGUAGUUCCCAUUCCAAACUGUAUUGGGAGGACUCUUAAAACUGCUAGUCUUGUCCUGCGAAUGGUCUCCUGUCCGUCUCUACUCCUGCGGAUCUUGGAGCACUCAACGUUUAACCAGCUCAGUCAAAAGACGUAUUCCAGUAGUUGGAUAAACAUUGGACCACUGCUAUAAAUAUGCAGACAAAGGCACUUCUUUACAAUGAACUCUGCUGGUUUGAUAUUGUUUCCGAGAUUGCAAGUAUAAACUCAAACAGUACUAUCUCUACUUUUACCACUUUUUUAUUGUUUUCACAAAAGGGCCAUAGUAAAAAACUGUAUAUGAAGCAACUUGCUCACAGUUCAUUUCCAGAGAGAAGUUGUGUAAGCCAAUUUGCCUAAACAGUGUCCUUUAUGACCUAGUUCUUUGCUAUAAGAGCUGCAUAAGCACAAAUCUAUCCCAGGUGACUGUAUCCUGUGCCAAGACCUUCAGGAGCAGCCGACUCUGGGAAGCUUGUAAAACAAGGUGCAAAACAGUGUCAGUUUCAAACUGGCAAAAGACAUUCCUUUUCACAGUGUUGGUCUUAGAGAAAUGUUGUCCAUGUUAUUUUCACAGCUAAGAAUGGUGUUCCUAUUUUUACUUUCUUGUGCCUACAGGUGUUUGCAAAAAUAAUUUAUAAAUCUGAAAAGGAAACUACGCAAAGGGUAAAAUUCUUACCUUAAGUGUUAUAUGUAGGUUUGCAGGUACCUCAUGUAAUGUAAACAUUAUACCUGAUUCAUGUCACAUCACUCUUCCAGGAAGUACAGCGCUAUUACCUGAUAAGUGUCAACACAAAAGCCAAACUGCAUCAAGCCAUUACCAUUUUUCUCUAGGAAAAGAUGUUGGCUUGCAAGUAUUUUGUGAUUUAGAAAAUCUAAAUGGAUAGUUUUAAGAAUGAGGAAGAAAAUGGGUCUGUUUAUUUUUCUGUUUUCUCCAAUACUGGAGUAUAAAGAUCUUGCUCAUAUUGGCAAGUCUAACUGUAUCUGUGAAAUUUAUGUAUUGUUUUGAGGAAAAAAAUGCCUUUGUAAAUAUAAAGCAAAUUGGAGGAGCUUGUCAAUAUGUAUUUUACAAAUACAGGGGUUUUCCCCUCUUUAUUUUUCUUCAGGAAAAGUCGGUGAUAAAAUGUUUAGUGUGGCAAAUUGUCUCCACUGAAAAAGCUACAACAAUCUCUCUAGUUUAGGAAUUUGAGUGUGCAGAAUCACAAUAAAUGUAUAAUAAACA